AUGGCAUGCAACUAUGGCGGCAACCCUGACAUGUACGGUCUCGGGGUCCGGAUGGGCUUCUACUUGCAGUGGUUUGGCAUUGUCAUCGCAGCGUGGAUGGCCAAGAGCGAAGUGCCGGGCCUCCGGCUGGUCCACUCCUUCUUCGUCAGCGCGGCGUUUCUGGCGCUGAUCUUGCAGGCGUCUUGGAACACCAUACGGCCUAUCGACACUUACAUCAUGCUCCUGCUUACCUACGGCUCGUACUAUUGCUACUUGCCCGUCUACCUCUGGCGACUGGUCACGGUGUGGAACCCCUUCUGGGACCCGUCGCGGUGGCCCGUGGUGCCUACGACUUCGCUUUUUCGGGCACUGAAUCUCGUCCUGCUCCUCGCAGCUACCUCGUUCCAGAUUUGGUUCUGGUCUACCGGAAUCAACACGCUGCCUCGGGAUCCCACUUGCGACGAGUAUGGCUUCUUCUUCACCAAGGUCCCGCUCCACGCCGGCUUGUUUGUCGCGGUGAAUCUGGUCUUUGUCAUUGGGCUGCUAAUCUCCGCCACUCUGUCUCUGGCGUUGAGCAUUGGCUGCUUCAUACCGCCGCGGUGGAUUCGAAAGAGAGAGCGAAAGUUUGACAGACAACUGGACCGGCUUGAGGGCCAGGAUGAAGAUUACCCUUGGAGAAGGGAACUCCAGUUCCUGCAGAAUGCUUCCAACUUGACCGUCUUGAGCGUUGUCGUCGUUGCUAUCGGGCUCACCAUCCAGUGGAACAACCUAAACGGCGUGAGCGACUUGUCGACAACUAGCCAGCUGAUCCCGUUGAUAGUGGCCGGUGGCCAGCUCCUUCAUGUUUUGUAUGUCUGGUUCAAUCCGAGACACGACCGGGAGAUCACGAGGGUGAUUGGCCCGCCGAGGAGAGGGGGCUCCAAGAGGUCGUCGACCACGGGGGGAACACCGCCCGAUCCGUGGCGGUUCCGCCGACCCGCCGUGGGUAUUGUUCGACCCGAGCGCUCGUUCCGGCCUCCUGGCCGUGCGGCCAACACGUCGUCUUCACCUUCGUCGUCGUCGAAUUCUGCACAACCAGCUGCCCCGUAACUGCCAGACAUCCUCACCGACCACUUUCCACCUAAGGACUUGACUCGUGCAAGGGAACGUUUUCAAUAGGGUACGCAAAAAAGAAGCGUCUAAAUGCGAUGUUCUCAAGUUAAUUUGAGACGGAAUUAACAUGUGGGGCGUAGGGGUUUAAUGACGCUAUGACUUUACUGUGUCAAGGAGUUGUGUAAUUAUUUUUUGAUUUGAAUUGUGAUGAUAUUUAUGACCGUAAGUAUUUUCAUAACCACGAAUGCAACAUCACGCCGUUCAGCGACAUCAGCAAGUAAGGCAG